AUGGAGAGAGCCAGGCCCGAGCCGUCGCCUCAGCCACGCCAACUGCCGCGGGCGACCCCGCCGCGUCCACUGCGCCCCGCUCCGCCCCAGCUGCCAGUUGAGGGCGCCCCCUUUCGCCCUCAGUCGCCCCCAGCCCCGUGCGCGGCCGCCAUCGCGACCGUGGCCUCGCAGUGCGGGGAAGGACCGGCGGCGUCGGGCGUCCAGCCGUCCGUGCGGCGGCUGCUGCAGGUGAAGCCGGAGCAGGUGCUGCUGCUGCCGCCGCCGCCAGGGCCGCCGCGGUCCCCGGCCAGGGACGAAGACGCCGCCGCCGCCGCUGCCUCGCCCGCGCAGGCGCGGCUGCUGCAGUUGAGGCCGGAGGUGGUGCCGCCGCUGCCCCCGCAGUCGCCGCCGCCGCCCACCUCCGAGGGCGCGCCCUGCAAGCCCGACUUGCACACGGUGCCGCCCCGGGUGCUGCAGGUCAAGGCGGAGAAGCAGGAGCUGGGGCCCGGCUUGGAUCCCUCCGUGGGGCCUCGGAGAGCCGUCGAGGCGAGCCCGAGGGCCUCCAGGACGGCCAAGGCUGCGGAAGGCCCCGGGUCGGCCCUGGACAAUCGCCGAGGGGACCCAAAGAAGAGCAAGUUGGAGGCCGAGGAGGACAUGAGGGCUGCGGAGAAAGGCGGGGAAGGCAAAAGCCCGAUGACGGCCAUCCGAGAGAAAAUCAUCAAAACGGAGGAGCCCGAGAGACUCCACGAGGACUGCAGGCUCGACCGGGAGCCCGCGUCCAAUGGGCUGGUCCAUGGCAGCAAGGAGGUCGUCCUGGCGCAGCCGUCCAGCGCCUUCGGGCCGCACCAGCAGGACCUCAGGAUCCCUCUGACUCUCCACACGGUCUCCCCCGGGGCCCAGAUCCAGUUUCAGGGGCCUCCACCUUCAGAGCUGAUACGCUUGACCAAGGUGCCCUUGACACCGGUGCCUAUUAAAAUGCAAUCCUUGCUGGAGCCUUCUGUAAAAAUUGAAACCAAAGAUGUCCCGCUCACCGUGCUUCCCUCAGACGCAGGAAUACCAGAUACUCCCUUCAGUAAGGACAGAAAUGGCCAUGUGAAGCGACCCAUGAAUGCAUUUAUGGUUUGGGCAAGGAUCCACCGGCCAGCACUAGCCAAAGCUAACCCAGCAGCUAACAAUGCAGAAAUCAGUGUCCAGCUUGGGUUAGAGUGGAACAAACUUAGUGAAGAACAAAAGAAACCUUAUUAUGAUGAAGCACAAAAGAUUAAAGAAAAGCACAGAGAGGAAUUUCCUGGUUGGGUUUAUCAGCCUCGGCCAGGGAAGCGAAAACGCUUCCCUCUAAGUGUUUCCAAUGUAUUUUCUGGUACCACACAGAAUAUCACCUCUCCAAAUCCUACAACAAUUUAUCCUUACCGCUCCCCUACCUACUCUGUGGUAAUUCCCAGCCUACAAAACACCAUCAUUCAUCCAGUUGGUGAAGCCCCACCUGCCAUCCAGUUGCCCACACCUGCAGUCCAGCGUCUAAGCCCCAUCACACUUUUCCAGCCUGCCGUCUCCAGUACUGCCCAGGUGGCUGUCCAGGCUCCAAAUCUGCCUCUCCGGCCAGCACUCUCACCCCAGCGCUUUGCUGGGCCCUCCCAAACGGACACUCAUCAGCUGCAUUCUGGAGCCAGUCACUCUGUAAAGAGACCUACACCUGUCUCUCCGGAGAGCACCAAUAGGAUUCCAACUAGUGCAAGUACUGCCCACGCCAGAUUUGCAACCUCGCCCAUCCAACCUCCCAAGGAGUAUCCAAGCGUUUCCACUUGUCCCAGAGGUGCUCCAAUCCCUCAGGCUCCUCCUCUUCCACACUCACACGUCUACCAGACCCCUGCCCUUGGCCAUCCAGCCACACUAUUUGGGACACCACCUCGAUUCUCUUUUCAUCAUCCUUACUUCCUGCCUGGACCUCACUACUUCCCAUCAAGCACGUGUCCCUAUAGUCGGCCUCCCUUUGGCUAUGGAAAUUUUCCAAGUUCAAUGCCAGAAUGCCUUGGUUAUUAUGAAGACAGGUACCAAAAACAUGAGGCUAUGUUUUCAGCUUUAAAUAGAGACUAUCCUUUCAGAGACUACCCAGAGGAACGCACACACAGUGAAGAUUCUCGGAGUUGUGAGAGCAUGGAUGGGACCUCUUACUAUAAUAGUCAUAGCCACAGUGGGGAAGAAUUCCUAAAUCCCAUGCCUCAGCUGGACAUCGGAGUCUUGGAGAAUGUCUUAACAGCUCCUACAUCAACUCCCGCUAGCAUCCAGCAAAUCAAUGUCACUGAUAGUGAUGAGGAGAAAGAAGAAAAAGUGCUCAGGAAUUUAUAA